AUGGCGAGGCCUGGGGUAGCGCGGAUCACCGCGCGAUCGGCGGGUCAUGGAGGAUCGGGACAGCCGCAAGCGCGGCGGCGGCGGCAGCAGCAGCAGUCGCAGGGACAGCAGCGCUCGGCCUCACGGCCGGGACAGCGCAGCAAAGAAAAGAAGAAAGUGAAUUCCAAGCCUAAGAACCAGGAUGAACAAGAAAUCCCUUUCCGGCUCCGAGAGAUCAUGAGGAGCCGACAGGAGAUGAAAAAGACUCUAAGUAACAAGAAGAGAAAAAAGGAGGCCCAGGUGGCUUUCAAGAAGACAUUGGAAAAGGAAGCAAAGGGAGAGGAGCCAGACAUCACUGUCCCCAAGUUCAAGCAGAGGAAGGGAGAGUCUGAUGUGGCCUACAUCCAGCGCAUGGAGCAGGAGGCCCAGCAUGUACUAUUUCUUAGCAAGAACCAGGCCACUCGGCAGCCAGAGGUGCAGGCAGCUCCCAAGAAGGAGAAGUCUGAGCGGAAGAAAGCGUUCCAGAAACGACGACUUGAAAAGGCUCAGAAGAAAAGGGAAGCAAGGGCUGUGGACAGAUUGGAGCAGGAGCUGCUAAGAGAUACUGUGAAGUUUGGAGAAGUUGUGCUGCAGCCCCCGGAGCUGACAGUACAGCCUAGAAGGAGCACAAGCAGAGAUGCGCCUGGCAAGAAGUCACUGAUGCUGAAGAUGCUGUUGGGCCCCAGUGGUGGGUCCCCAGCUCCAGCCACCUCACUGGCCCGCCAGCGGAUCCUGGGGGAAGAGCGGGAACGGGCUGUGCAGGCUUACAGAGCCCUGAAGAAGCUCCAUCGACAGGAAGUGACACCUGCACAGCCACCAGGCAGCUCUUCCCAGAGGCAGCUCCAGGCUUGUCUAUGAUGCAGAGACGCAGGGGUCUGAUC